UUGAACAGUAACUUACUAUUAGUAACAUACAGAUGCACCGUAAAACGUACGAACAUUUUUUGACGUGCCCCAUGUUGUUAUGCAUGCAUGCAUGUUAUCAGAGAUAAAGAAUGUUAUUCUGUAUUCUUUGUAGCAUGCUCCUGUAGUAUGUCUUCUUGACUUAUCUAUGCAUCAUACCAACAUGAAGAAAAUAAAUUUUAAUUUUGGGUUAUUCUUUUCUUACUUUUUUUUUAUUUAUAAAUAAUAAUGUAAUGUGAAAAACUGUGAAUUACUUUUAUUUUAUUUAAUUAGUUAAGGACAAACAAUGUCAUCUUUUAAUGAAGAUUUUUUAGAUUAUUAUUAUCCAGUUGAUGAGGAAAUAUAUGAAGAAAAUGUAUAUGAUGUAUGGGAUAACUGUAUUGUUUUAUCAUUUACAAGUAUAUUCAGCUUAAUUUGUAAACUUAUAGGACUCAAUAUUUGUUUUGCAUUUAUAACCUCGUUAGGAAAUAUUCCAGAGUGGCUGUAUCAUUUACUAUUUGGUUCAACAGGAAUAUAUUUAUUGUUUACUUUGGAAUCAAUUGAAAGUACAUUUUUGUUUAUUGGAUUUGUUUUAAUAUUUUAUCCGAUAUUGCUUUUUAUAAAUGCAUUUAAAGGAACAAAGAUUUUAGAGAAAAGUUUACUUGUUUUAAAAGUUUUAUACAUAUGUCUCUUAAUUUUAUGUGAAUACUUCUUGAUUAAAAGUGAGAUAUGGAUGCAAAUAAGAGGUUUACUGAUGGUAUUUUCUAUGAAAUUAAUAUCAUUACUGGACUCUAAAACAAAUUUAAAACCCCCAAAUUUGUUGGCAUAUUUUGGAUAUAUUUUUUGUGGAGCCAACAUACUUUUUGGUCCAUGGAUAUCAUACCAAGAUUACCAAAAAUUAUAUUUCAACAAUACCAAAAAAUCUUUUAGAUGGAUACUUGGAAUACUUCGAGCUUUGGUACUCUCGUUAUUAUUCCUGAGCCUUUCAAACUGUUGGGCAAUGUAUUUUAUCUCUGAAGACUCAAACAGGUGGCUUGUAGCCUACCGAGAAGCAUUUUCAGUCAGAACUAGUCAUUAUUUUAUAAGCUACUUAGCAGAGAGUUCAAUGAUUUCAGCUGGCUUUAAGGGCUCAAAAAUAUGGCAGGACUCCUCUAAAUGGCACUACACUGUGGUAAACCCUUGGCCAAUUGAAUUUCCCUCAGCUUUAGCCACUGUUGUAACCAAUUGGAAUAUUCCUAUGCAUGAAUUUCUGAAAAAAUAUGUGUACAAACCUAAUCUUAAGUACGGACGUUUUUACGCAAUAUUUGUUACAUUUUUAAUGUCGUCAUUUUUACAUGGCUUUGCUCUUCACGUUUCUGUGGUUUUAGUAUUAUUAGGCCUUUUUUCCUACAUACAAAUCGAGCUAAGAGAAUUUUUAUUAAACGCUUUUAAUAUUUGUUUAAAAAAUUAUCCUUGUAAACAAUGUCAACAUCUACACAAACGCGACUCAUUGGUGUGCAGGUUUAUUUUAUUUAUAUUUUCUUUACUCACAGUAUUACACCUAGUUUUCCUUGGUAUAUUAUUAGAUGAAAAUACCAAGGAAAUAGGUAUUUAUGAAAAAUGGAGGCAUUUAGGAUUUAUCAGUUUGUGGAUUAUUGGUCUCAAAGCAGCCAUAAUUAAACUAUAAGUAUUAUAAUAUUUUUGUACAG